AUGGGUGGAUGGGAUUAUUACUGUGCCCUUUGUGGUGGGCCCUUUGGUGUAGUCUACUGGGACUCGGAGGACGACGACGACUACAAAUACGAUCCCGAUGUGUUACGUGAUCCUGACGACCCGCAGCUGGCCUGGCUACAGGACAACCGCAUCAUCGGCGAGAAUCCGGCCAGUGACGCCCAAUCCAAAGUAUGGGUUUCCGGCCCGGCGGUAAAUGAUGACUAUGGGACCAUGAACUACGAGCUGGGGGAGGCUCCAGACCCUGCGCUCGCAGCCUUGCAGAACGGGGGGAGCAUCAGCGUAUACGCCUGGGAAGCCGAUGAUCCAUGGUGUGCGCCAUUUCACACGCGCUGCCGCGAAGUGCUUUCCCGCUAUGUUGGCGUCCCCGAAUUAGACAAGGAGAUCUUCUUCGACACACUGAAGAGCAAGGCGGCAGAUGACCAGUCCGGUCGGUCUCUCAACAUACACUAUGGCGAUAUCAGCGACAAGAUGGAGCAGUACUGGGGGGCAGAACGGAACGCAGAGCAUUAUGUGUGCGACCCUGUGGAGGUCAAAGGGCUGAGGGAGCUGUACCACAAUCUCCCUCUACGCAAAGUGGAGGAGGUGAGUGAGUUGAAGAUAUACGGCACCAGAGGCGAUCCGUUUGCGAAAUUCCCACCCGAUAUAUUGCUACUUAUCACGUCUCACCUCAAAGAGGUGACAACCUUGUACAGUCUCCGACAGGCAUCCCCCGCAUUCGCCAAUCUGGAGUUGAGCAAUGGUUUCUGGAGGAAACGCCUGAAAGACGAUAUGCCUUGGCUGUGGGAUCUCCCAACGCCGACAUUCUCCCAGCUGCACGACGUCGACUGGAAGAAGGUCUAUCAUAGACUGGACUGGGGGAGCAGGCCUUGUGCGAGAAAACACAACAGAAUCCCUGGCUUGUGUAACAGAAGAAGGAUAUGGACCCAGCUCUGCCCCGUAUUCGCAGAAGAAUAUAUCCAGUUCGCCGCAAAUGUGAAGGCCUGGGGGAGUACGAAGCCUCUUGCUCUCAAGGACGCCUUUGAAACAAUGCCCAGACAGCUGGGAUGUCCGGAAGUUGGAGGGACUAGGCCAAUCACCGAGAACAUGAUAGAUUUCUUUGACGAUCUUCCUUCUGCAGACAUCUCACUGGUGGUGGACUGGGCAGCAAGUGAGCACUUGAUCGAUAUUCACCUUCUUAAAAAUGGCCAUCACAACCCUACUAAGGGGCAGAGGCUCACGCCGGAUCACACCGAGACGAUUCACAUCCCCGAUGACGACUGGCUCACUGGUCUGAUCUUCACAACCCGUGAAGAAUUGGUCGAAGGUAGAAGAGAGGAACGCUACAUCUUUGGCCUGGACAUUCUCUUCGCAAAGCAGUCUCCCGUCAAGCUCGGCUCGGACCAGGGCGAUAAGCGUCUGUUUUAUGUCAGCUCACCCGACAGGUUCAUUGUUGCGCUGAAGCCAUAUCGCACAGAUGAGGGAAUUUUGACGCGGAUGGGCUUGGUCGAACAGCCGUCGGAGCACGCGGAGGGCUGCCAGCGCAUCGUCGACACCUCGAGGGAUGAUUACAGCAUUUCCACCAUGGAGUACUCCUGGUGUAGAGAACUCCCUCCUCUGCAUGUCCGGUUGUCUCAAGCCAGCGUUGACCGAUUCUCCUACUUGGGGUUCAUUGACCAGAACCCAAUGGAGCUCCUCAUGUUCGGGACCUCUGAGGAAGAGCUGGCCGAUAUGACUAGUAUAUCCAUUGAUAUACAUCUUGGAGGGAUACAAGUUGCGUACGGCCACCGCCCAAGUCGUGCGGUGGGCUUUCGCUUCCAGGCAAUGAAGACCUUGCUGAUAGACGGACGAGGCGGAGAGCGCAUUGUACAGUGCCAUUCGACUGUCCAGGGAAACCCGAAUUCCUUGACGUUUCUCACAAACCGAGGUCGCUGCCUCUCGAUUGGAAAGUCGGUUGGCAGUCGAGGCCCGCUUCAUUUCACCAAUGGUUCAACAAACUUGAUGCCUUGUGGCAUCUUCGCUUGCUGGAUGAAGGUUGGCAAGGCGCAGUGGCUGCUUAGGAGUGUUGGUGCCGUAGGGUCAGUCCUACUGGGCUACGUCGACAUCACAACGCUUCCCUCCCUUCCACAGGACACGAGUGGUUAUUAUUGGGAGCCAUCAAUGUUGCCUGAAGGGUUGAAAGAAUCAGGUACCAUCUGGGGAUCACGUGUGAUCCAGGAGAAUUCCAACACGAUCCCACGUAUCGUCGGGACGGUUCCGUCUAUGGGAUGCACCGUUAGCAGACUCGACUGCAGUCGUCCUAUAGCAGAGAUGCGGGUGACGCUGGUCCAUAGCACCUACGAUCCCAUCUUGGCUCCCAUCACAGCUAUUGCGUUCAGAUAUACCGACGGGGAGGAGGCAGCAGUUGGGCCAGAUGUCUUCCCAUCUCCUUCUACAUGCGAUUGGUGCAGCACUGGGUCUAGCAUCAGAGAGGAGAUUGACCAAGUCCCACACUACCGUCACCAGAUAUGGAAUGUAGGCGGGAAGCGGCUCAGGAGUCUUCGUAUUUGGCGUCCUGACUCGAUGAGUCUAGGUGCCAUCCAAUUUAUAGCUGAGGGACGUAAAGAAAGCCCUGUUUGGGGUUUCUGGGGGCACAACAUCAAAGAUAUGGAAGUUGGAGAGAUGCGGUUCGUCGGCGAGGGCGGGGGAGAUUUUAUCGGGUUGAAAUUCUUCUUCCAGGGCAUUGGGCGUGGGGGAUUCCGGGAUGAUACCGUGAUCGUCGCAAUUCAGGGUCUGUCCGUGGCGUAG